AAGGCAAAACAUUACGCAAAUAAGGUAUGAAUAUUUCGGUUGCGCCUUCAGAGAAUAUCCAAUUCCUCGUUCAGGUUUUCUGAAGGUCUUAUUAGCAAUACGGGAAUGCGAACAACAUAAAUUUUCGGUGGGGGCUCUACUAACUGACGCUGAUGACCAUUUUUUUCUAUCCAGAAUAUCGAUGAUUGGGGCAAUAAAACCGAAUCGUGGAGUGGGAUUAUGUGGGUAAACGAAGUCCUUAGACAUUACAUCAUUUCUCGCGGCUACGAGCCAAAUCAUGUAAUUUAUUUGUAUCCUGUAUCAAUAAAGGUAGAUCUGGUCAAUUCACAUGUACACAUUCGUGGAAUUUACUGAAUUAAUAAUAGAUUUACAUUUUAUUCGUCAUAUAAUUGUAUUCAUGUUAAUUCGCCACCAUAAAUCAUUUUCGGUUCACUUUUCGAAAAUUAAAAAUUUAUUUCAGACUAUUUUAUUCAACCUUUCGCCAUUCACUCAUCUCGGUUUAAUCUUUUAUUUCAUAUUUUUUGUAUCGUCGCAAAAGUUUAAUCUCGUAUUUUUUUUUCUAAAAAAAAAUCUACUUUAUUAAUUAUUUUUUCCUCUCCUUCCGAUAAGAGAGAUGCUUCGUGAUGGCGACACAUUACAAUCUGCACGAGACAUAUCUGGUCUGUUGAACUAAUGCGAACAAAAUUCUCCAAUUAUUGUGAACACUAUUAUGAGAUAAUGAAGUAAAUGAUCUCAGAAAACCGAGAAUAUCUGAUAACACGAGAAAUGAUUCAUCCAGACUAUGAUCUUCUGGAAUAGAUCCUCAUACUAGUUCUCUACAAAAAGAAUCUUAAUCUCGUUCCUUUUUUGUCCUCAUCAAACACGACAACACCCUCGUUCUCAUUUUGUUAUUCUAAUUCUCGUUUUCGUUGUUCUCACCUUCGUUUUUUUCGAUCAUAAGUGUUGACACUUUUUAUACU